AUGACCCCGAGGAAGCCAGCGGUUUCUGCCAGAUCACAAGGUAAAAUACUUCAUAUUUGUGGACAAGGUCUCAAGAAGAAGAAUGUUGCUGUGAAGUUUGUAAUCGAUUGUACACACCAUAUUGACGAUAUUAUAUUGGAUGUGGUGAAUUUUGAGAGCUACUUGGAGGCAAGGAUCAAUAUCAACAAAAACCUGGUGAUUUUGCUGCUGAUGGAAAGAGAACUCAACAUUCUGCUCCUGCGGCAACUAAAGUUGUUCUAG